AUGGCUAAUAAGCUGGCUUCUUCCAUGGGAAACCUGCGAGCGAUGGUGCUGCUGCUGCUGGUGACCGUCGCCGUGUGGGCAGCGAGCACCGAUGCGGCACGGCGUGAGCAUGUGGCGUGGAGGCCUGGCAUGAUCGGUGCCGAGGAUUGUGAUAAUAGGCAUGGUAAGGGUGGUGGUGGCGGUGCUGGAGCUGGGAUGGGAGCCGGAGUUGGAGGAGGUGCUGGUGGUGGAAUAGGAGGUGGUGUUGGAGGCGGCGUUGGAGGUGGUGCUGGUGGUGGACUGGGAGGUGGUGUGGGUGAGGCGGUGCUGGCGGUGGGUUUGGUGCUGGAGGUGGCUCGGGAGGCGAUCUCAGUGAUGGAGCUGGAGCUGGCGGUGGGAUGGGUGGGGGUGGUGGCUUUGGAGGAGGAGGCGGUAUUGGUGGGGGCGCAGGUGGAGGAAUGGGUUUCGGUGGUGGGAAGGGCGGCGGCGGCUUCGGAGGUGGUGCGGGAGCUGGUGGCGGGUUUGGUGUCGGAGCUGGAGCUGGAGCUGGCGGAGGCAUGGGUGGCGGCUUCGGAGCCGGAGGUGGCACGGGUGGCGGAUUUGGUGGAGGAGGAGGCAUGGGCGGCGGCGCCGGAGGCGGGCACGGAGCAGGUGCCGGCGGCGGCGCCGGAGGCGGGCACGGAGCAGGUGCCGGCGGUGGUGCUGGAGGCGGGUUGGGCGCAGGUGUCGGCGGAGGCAUGGGCGGCGGCGGGGCAAUCGGCCACGGAGCAAGCACCGGCACCGGCGGUGGAAGCGGUGGCGGGAACCACCACGGCGGGAGCAGCAUUGGCAAUGGCAGAUCGACAAGAGCGUUUCUUCUCGACUGAGGGUGCCGUCUGCAUCUUCCUUGUGCAUCCGGUUUUGGAGGUCUCCUAA